GCGCGGCGUCGCGCUACGGCGCCCGGUGGGUCUGGCGGCUGCGGACUGCGGCUACCGGCGGGCCGGCUGAGCUGCUGCGAUGCUGGUGGCGGCGGCGGCCGAGCGGAACAAGGAGCCCAUCCUGCGCGUGCUGCGGCAGUACAUGGACCCGGCCCAGCGCGGCGUCCGCGUGCUCGAGGUGGCCUCGGGCUCGGGCCAGCACACGGCUCACUUCGCGCGGGCCUUCCCCCACGCCGAGUGGCAGCCGUCCGACGUGGACCAGCGCUGUCUGGACAGCAUCUCGGCCACCACGCAGGCGCAGGGGCUGUCGAACGUGAAGGCCCCGCUGUACCUGGACGUCACCUGGGACUGGGAGCACUGGGGCGGGAUCCUGCCGCAGUCGCUGGACCUGCUGCUGUGCAUCAACAUGAUCCACAUCAGCCCCCUGAGCUGCACGGAGGGCCUCUUCAGAGCAGCCGGACACCUGCUCAAACCCAAGGCGCUGCUCAUCACCUAUGGGCCUUAUGCCAUCAAUGGGAAGAUCACUCCGCAGAGUAACGUGGAUUUUGAUCUAACUCUUAGAUGCAGGAACCCUGAGUGGGGACUGCGGGACACAGCCCUCCUGGAGGACCUGGGCCAAGCCAGUGGCCUGCUGCUGGAGAGGAUGGUACGUGGGAAGGGCUGGGGACACAGGGGACUUCCCUGGGGACCAGGUCAGCGCUCCAGCCAACCCCUCUCCCCUAGGUGGACAUGCCGGCCAACAACAAGUGCCUGAUAUUCCGGAAAGAGUAAUUCUCUCCUGCUCUCGCAUGUUUGUGUCUCCACCAAGACCCCUUCUGGACCAAACCCAGAUGCCAGCCCCUGCCUCCCAGGGCUGGGCCAUGAGGACUGGCCUUGCCCACUCUGGGGGCUCUUGGCUGAUGGCCACAGGGCUGCUUAGAACCUGGGAAUAAAGUGUUUUCUGCUGCUCA